CCUUCCAUCAUGUUCCACAAACUGACGGAUCCGUCAGUGAACGGCAGCUGCCACGGAGCCACCGCGUCCGCGUGCAACACGAGCGCGGAUGGAGACACGCUCCAGCUGCCCACUUUCUCCACCGCGGCCAAAGUGCGCGUCAUCAUCACCUUCAGUCUGUGCGCCGUGUCCGCCGUCUGCAACCUGGCGGUGCUGUGGGCGGCCGGCAACGGCGGCAAGCGCAAGUCCCACGUGCGGAUCCUCAUCAUGAACCUGACGGUGGCGGACCUGCUGGUCACCUUCAUCGUGAUGCCCGUGGACGCCGUGUGGAACAUCACGGUGCAGUGGCAGGCGGGCGACGUCGCGUGCCGCCUGCUGAUGUUCAUGAAGCUGGUGGCGAUGUACUCGUGCGCGUUCAUGACCGUGGUCAUCAGCCUGGACCGACAGUCCGCCAUCCUCAACCCUCUGGGCAUCAGUGAGGCCAAGAGGAGGAGCAAAAUCAUGCUGAGCGUGGCGUGGACCAUGAGUGUGAUCCUGGCUCUGCCUCAGAUGUUCCUAUUUCACAAUGUGACCAUCACAGUCCCAGAGAACUUCACCCAGUGCACCACCUAUGGCAGUUUUGUGCAGCACUGGCAGGAGACCCUCUACAACAUGUUCACCUUUGUGUGCCUCUUCCUCCUGCCUCUGGUGAUCAUGAUCUUCUGCUACACUCGCAUCCUUAUCGAGAUAUCGAGCCGUAUGGCUCGAAACAACCUUGUGUCCAGGGACGUUCAUCUCCGUCGCUCACACAACAACAUCCCCAAAGCUCGGAUGAGGACUCUGAAGAUGAGCAUCGUCAUUGUGACCUCAUUCAUCAUCUGCUGGACGCCGUACUACCUGCUGGGCCUGUGGUACUGGCUGUUUCCCGAGAAAAUGGAGGAGACGGUUUCCCAUUCACUGACUCACAUGCUGUUCAUCUUUGGCCUGUUUAACGCCUGCCUAGACCCCAUCAUUUAUGGCUUGUUUACCAUACAUCUAAACCAACGUCUUAGGAGAUGCUGCCGGAAUUCAAACACACCAACAGAAAUAGAAAACAACACUUGCCUUUUGCACAUGACACACCUGUCAUGUCACAGGCAAAACGCCCCAGGUGUCAACAGUGCAGACAUCGAGGAGGGACAUAACACAAACGCCUUGAAACACUGCUCAAGGCCAGUUAUCCCAGUGAGCAAAAUAACAUAACUUUAAUUAUUUAUUUAUUUUAUUUAUUAGCAAUGAAUACUACAUUGUUUUUGCUCUGAAAUCCUUCACAUUCGCAAGAACAUUAUGCCGUUUGUCAGAUGAAUUUGCUUAUUUUUGUUGCACUAAUGCUGCAUCCCAGUGCUAUUUUAAAGGUCCACUGUGUAAAAUCUACGUCAAACGAUGUUCAUGUGGAAAGUAAUUGAAGAAAAAUAUAUAUUCUCUAUUUUUAUAAGGGCACAAUCACCUGAUUGUAUAAAUAUUUGUUCUCCUUCACACUUUGAAGUGGGAAAUGAGGGUUUUGUCCCUGCAAUGUUGGCAAAUUUUACACACUGUACCUUUAUGCCCAUGCUUAUCCUCCACAUUAUUUACCACCUUGGAUGCCACUGUGAGAUUUUGACAGAAACGCAUAAGGAUGCAGUUGCAGAAUGUUCAAAAUCACCAGAGUCAGCUUAGUGUGACACUACUCGUCAUAUACACAGAACUUUAACCAUCACAACUUAAUGCUUAACCUCAACCCUUUAACUAACCCUAAAACCAGGUCUUAACCCAGGAAAAAGCCCUUUAACGAUGUGAAGACCAGACAGAAAUUAUUACCACAUGCUACAUGCUUUAAAAAACAACAACAACAACAACUCUUUAACUCAUAAUGAAAGGUUUGCACAGCUAUUUGUUCAUGGACUUCCAUGAUUUUGGACCGCCCAACCAAAGCCUUAUUUAUUAUUUUUUCCAAACCACACAACACAUACAAAAAUAGGCAAUGUAAGAAAAAAUAAUACAAAAUAAAAGAAAGGGCAAGGUCAAAAAUAAUAACCCUGCUGCGCCAAUAGCGUAGCUCAUAUAAAUUACAAAAUAAAGGCUGAAUUACAGGGUGCAAAGUGACCCAGGAAUGGCUGCCUUGUUGUUAGGGGUGAUGUGGAAACACAUCUCCGACCACCUCCUGGAGUGGUUUGGCAGAUUGGAUAACAAUCUGUCCUCACUGCAUCUCUUAUGAUAAUAGAUAUGUGAUCAAUCGGUUUGACACAAGGCGGCUGUGACUACAAAUGAAUGUGAAGGUUUCUCUGUCUGUUUUUUCCCCUCUUUCAUUGCUAAGUUAGUAAAAACCGCUGUGACAGGUCAUUCGUUAUGCAUUGUGUGCAGCAUAAAAACACUGUGGCUCUGAUUCACUGCAGAAAUCACUGUCUCCUUUGACUACGGCAGCCUUUUAAAUAAAUAUUAUCAUAUCAUUACGUAUUGAAUGUAUUUCUGCCAAACAUGUCGCUUAAUCCAUCUGAGGUCUGUUCUGUACUUACUGUGUUGACAAAGCUCUAUGAAGCAAUACCAUCAUUCAUUUAAUAUUGAUAAUAUUAGUGUUAUUAGCGUAUUAUGUUGUGUUGUGUUGUUUUUUGAUGAUCGUGAUAUGAAAGCUUGAUUUAAAAGAAUAUUGUAAAGUUAACCGUAAAUAUGUUGCUAAAAAACAAACACCAGGGGUGAAAAAGAGUGACCAGUAGCAUUUGUUUGCAUGAUAUUGUUCCUUUUCUGCAAAUGAUGCGACCUGUCGUGGUGUAAACUUGUGUUGUGUUGAUUUUUAAUAGCAUCACGCGAUGCACAAACAUCCCUCACAGCUCCUGUACCUCUGUCAUUAGCUGGAAAUGGCUGAGUUAAUGGAAUUAAAAUGCUCUGUACAGUA